AUGUCACCCAAGCGCACAGGCUCGCCAGAAGACUGGGAUCUCACACUUCCAAUGAUAAAACGCAUCAGAAGUAUGGACUAUGACUACAUUCCAUCUGAACCAUCUCCGAAGACAUUAGUUGCGGAUCUUGACCCCUCUGGUAUUGGGUCAGACAACUCAGACGAAAGGAUUACUGCAUCUUCUUUUGAACUACUAGGUCAGAGGACAACAUCUUCUAUGCCGGCUGGUCCUGAUCAUUUUGAGACUCCCAGGAAACGCGGGAGGACACUUUCCGCUACUGCUCUGCGCCUUUCCCUUAGAGACAAUCGGGAUCGUGGCUUAGGCUCUCCAGAGAGGGAUGUCGAUCAGUCUUCCUCAAAAGCAAGCUCUCCUACAGGCUCCGUAUCCAGCAUAUUAUCGAGCACGAGAAACAGAAAUAGGAGAAGAAGAGCGAGCGAAGAAGCCGAGCCGUAUGUCGAUGAGAAGAGUGACAAUUCGGAUAUUGAUGAAGAAUUCACUCCAAAAGCGUGGCAAAUACGACAGCAGGAACGGGAUGAAGUCAUGUACCUGCUCACCAGAGAGAAAGCAAGACGCUUGGCUACAACUGAGAAAGUUCUGGAGGAUUCUAAGAUGGGUGAAGAGGAGAAGAACUUAUAUCUGGACCUUGCACUUCGCGGUUGCAAACCAGUGAUGGCCAGAUCCUGGAAAAAGGAUUUCACCACUCUCCCGGAAUCUCUGUUUCCCUCUGACGAAGCCGGCUCCAAGGAAUGCGGGUUCACUUUCCAGGUUCAGAAGGGAUCCAACUUCUAUGCUAUCACUGCACUGCAUGAUCUUCUCCAAGUCCCGGGGCGGGUCCGUGACUGCAGAUAUUUAACAGUACGACCCCAAUUUCUAAUCAAAAAGGCGAUUAGAAAAUAUUUUCGAUGGGCUAUCUACGACGCUGGUUUGAAAGUCACCAGGAGAACAAAACCUGUGUAUACCAUCUAUGCCCAAAAACCUGGCGAGACGACGCUUACCGCUGUCACGAUCGUGACUCGGAAGCUAGAAAAACUGGCUAGAAUCCAACAGGCCCUGCAUGAUGGCCCCGGACAGAAAUAUUGGCCAACUUUAGUCGGUUUCUGCUUGUGUGGGUCCAUUGUUGCCUUGAUAACGCUUGACUCCAACCCCAAUACUAUCCCCUGGUCAGAGGACAAGGAUUAUAACACUCGAACCAAGUACAUGGGCAUCUUCGAUAUGGGGGAGGUAAACCAGGACGUUUGGAACUCCCUUGCAAUUGCCAUUGCAAUCAUUCAUGUAAGACAGACGAUGAAUUGCCUUGCUACUCACUACAAAGGAGUGAUGGUUCCCCGUUGGCGUGAUAUAAAUGAGGUUGAGGUUGACGAGGACAGAUGA